CGGAAUGAACGAGGUUGAAAAUUAUAUACCCAGUCAUUGGAAACCUACUUACGUUCAGGCAAUAAAUUGUUCAUCUGGUUGGAAGUUGGAAGCCUUUUCGUUCAUUGUCGUUCGCCUGUUUCUGUGGUAAAUUUAUCCAAAUUUCUGUCAGCUUGGGUAGAUUUUGAACAUGUUGUUGUAAAGGAUUUUGUGUCGAUAUACUUUCUCUCGAAAACAGGCGGGAUUUUCUUUAAAGGAAGAAAUAUGCUCCCAGUUUGAGUAAAAUUGCGAAUGAAUUUUUUUGGAGUGUCAAAAAAAUAGACUUGCUCUGCUAGUCCAUGCAUUAUAAUAUUUUUUCAAGUUGCUUCAUGCGUGUUGUGAGUUCAUGCUGAUAUUGAUAAUGAGAAAUGUGAGAAACUGCACUCUUGUGUGACUCAGAAGCUUUGCAUUUGACAAUGGGUGCUAGUCAGAGUGGUGGAACAUCUGCCGAUGCUUCGUCGUCGGGGCAACCAAAUUCAAGCGACGAUAUACCCUACACAUCAUACUCAGUUGACAGGCAGGGAAUGAGAGAUUAUGCACGGAUCAGCGAUAGAACCAACUCCCCGGCGAAAUCAUCACCAAAACUGAAAGCCCACAAUUCCACAGGAAGUCCCGCCCACAACAUCAUUGUGGUUGCCGAGGGAAAUGCCCCCAGCGAAGAUGCCCGCCUGGCAUCCGAGCUUCAGAAGAUGAGGGAUAUCCCAACGUUCACGCCUCUCAUCCGCAGCACUCCCUCUUUAUCUAGCUUAGAAGAGGCAAGCGCCAUGGACAAACUUGAUCACAGGCAACUCCUCCUGGUGUGCUUGAGGUACCAGCAGCAUCUGAAGCAGUGCAGUGAAGCCGUGUCCUUUGACCAGAACGUCAUAGCCAAUAGAAUUAAAGAGGUGGAUGCCGAAGUCAUCGCCAUGACUAAUCUCCUCUCAGAGCGGCAGCGCAAGUACUCUAAGGUAGCAGAGAGGAUCCAGAAGAUCAACGAAAUGUCCUUCACCUUGCAGAAAGUCACCAAGAAUGUCAAUCAACUGAUACCACUGAUGGAGCGACUCAACAAUGUGCUGCCAGAGGAGGAGAGACUUGAACCUUUCACUAUGCGCAAGGAGGUUAAGAGUUAACGUGAGUUAGACUUGAAUCCUGUAAAAGGAAGCCAAGAGUUAACCUAUGAAAGAGAGACUUGAACCUUUCACCAUGUGCAAGGAAGCCAAGAGCUAACCUAAGGAAGAGAGACUCGAACCUUUCACCAUGCGCAAGGAAGCCAAGAGUUUACCUGAGGUAUAGUCUCAAACCUUUCACCUUGCGCAAGGAGGUUAAGAGGUAACCUGAGUGAGAUGUGAACCUUUCACCAUCCACAAGGAAGCCAAGAGUUAACCUCAAGUUCAAUCUUGGAACUGGUCACUAUGGCAUCUGAUUUUCAAGUACCUCCUCGUGAUCAAUAGUCACAAAGAGAAAGUUUGGGGAGACCAAUCGCCAGAUGCAAAGCACGUACAUGGUGCCAUAUGUGUGUGAACAAGUGUGUGCAAAUGGUUUGUCCCUCCCACUGGAGGUCUAACGAAUGGUCAUGAAGCGCCAUCUAGUGUUUGUGUACAGAGUCUUUUGAUGAUGUGUCGAUUUGUGAUAUAAUUGUGCUAUGUAUUAAUUAUUGCAAGUGGAAAAGUCUACAGUCAUACCGCGCAACCCCACGGCCCUUCUUUCAGCUGUACAUUGUGAUAUGCCAGGCAAUUGAUAACUUUAUGAUCAUGUGUGUUGGCUGCUCUCCCAGAGUUACAUGUGUAGCUAGACUGGUCUUACUAUUGUUGUCUAGAGUGCAAUCAAUCAGUGGUCAUUUUGGCUAAAACUUAGUUCUUGAUAAGACCUGUCUUAUGUUGUACACUUGCUGUGAAAAUGCUGAAUUGAUGGGUAAUACGUACCUUCAGACAUCUAUUUUUAGCUUGAAACAGAAGAAACCAAUUUGUGAAUUAUAGAUCCAAUGACGUUCCAGAAGUGGCAAGAAAAGUGAGAGUGCUAUCUGUUAAGCAGCUAUCUGGCCUUAAUACUGUUGCCAUCAAGAGAAAAAGCUACUUUUCAGGUUCAUGUUAAAAUGCACGAGCCAGGAAAGUACGUUUUACAUCAACAGAAGUCCUGGCAAACCAAACUUUAGUCUUGACUGGUUUGAAACUCAUCAUCUGAAUAUUCAGGUCUGGAGUUACAUGGUCAAAUUUGUUAGCCUAUCAGAGAGUACUUUUCUAGAUGGCACAGCACCGGUAGGUCAUUUCUGCGUCAGGUCUUGUACGGAACAAUCUGAUUGGUCAAAAUGAUGUUCGACCAUAUUUGGAUGUAUUCAUGUAUAAUUGAUAAUUGAUGUGUAAAGGUUCACCAGGGCACCGCCGUGCGACAUACACAAGUAAGACUACGCUGGCUAGUCAUGAUGUAAAAACCUAUAUUCAGAUUCGGAUUAUUUUUUCAUGAUACGGCCAUUUGAAGCACUUGUGAGUUAGGAUCUCUUGUGAGCGAUCUUCAAGUUGGUGUCAUGGGGUCAUGAUGUGGGGAGGGGGUGUUGUUUUGAUCCAGUAGGGGGAUGUCAGCCACAAAAGUGAUGUAUUUGACUCGGAUCGAUAUGCUACAGUUUUGUUCCCAAGACUUCCAUUUAGAACUCAUUCUCAUUGGAGGAGAAAACCAGUCUACACUGCUAGGACUGAAUUAUUGUCAGGCUCCACAAAAUAACAAAUUAUAUUCCAUUACUAAACAUGGGCCAGUUUUUUCCAGUCAAUGUCUCAUUAAAAAUGGAAUAACUUCUCUAGUGCUAGAUAAAUAGCAUCUGGAAAGAUUUAAAUUUUUCGUGGUGAAACUCUUCAGUCGCACUGACAGUACAUCUUUAGUUAAAGGUAUUUUUUUUUAAAUUAAGACAGAAAAUGUAAUUUAACACCAUAUUAAACAAAGGUAAAAACUGCCGGUUUACAGUU